AAAAAGCGGAGUGUUCGUUGUGUGUGUGUGUGUGGAUGUGGGCCGUGAGUCAGUGGAGUUCAUUGAACCGUCGCGAGUAGACGUUUCCGCCCACAAGAAAGAUGGCGGCUCCCUUGCUGGAGAGUCUGUCGGAGUCCUUAGGUUCCCCGGAGCCGGCGCUUCGUCUCAUUUUAUCUAUAUUAAUCGGUGAGUCCAUGCUGUCGAAGAAGUUAGAAGAUAUUCUUAUAGUCAGCCGCGAUAGCAGCCAUUGAGUGGACACAAUGAAGUGCUCUUGUCGGUGUGUGUAACUUCAAUGCUAACAGACACUAACUGACACACAGCUACAGGCUGCUGCUGCAAACCGGUUGUUUUGGUGUACUACUGCUAGCUUAUGCUAAUACCAAGCCCAAUAAAUCAAUCACGGGCCCCUCGGAGUUUGAUGAUUUAAGAUUUGAGAAUUUAAAGCACACACUUGAGGUUUUAACAGCGUCUAUUCCCUUUAAAAGACCAUAACUAUCGGCCAACUGGUGGCAUUGACCUGACAUGAAAGUGUUGUUUUAUGGUGCCACCCUCCUUUCAAUGGCUCGAUUGAUUGAUUGUCGGACAAUGAAAGUAGGCAGACUCAGAUCAAGUCAGCUGGGGAGUUUAAAAAACAGCCAAACACACCGUCCAGAGGACAGAAAGAGUGAGAUGUAGGAUUAGCAUGUUUGUAUGAGGCUGGUGUUUAGUGAAAAUAAUGGCCUCAAUGUUGUUGGGGGAGGGCUGUGCUUUGACAAGAAGACUGGGCACAGACAGGCUGCCAAAAUAUGUCCCCCCAACCCUCCAUUUUCUACUGUGGGCUGAGGAGAGGGGAGACAAACAGACACCCACCAGGGUUCAGAUAUAUCGGAACAUGGACGGAUCGUACAUUGAGGUCCUCGUUUAGCUUGAAUGUAUGAUCUCAUGUGUUAAUAUAGGUUUCACACGCAGCGCUACUUUGGUACAAGUUGGUCGAGGUGUGUUUAGGGUGGGGGGAGGACGCCCUCCACGCUGUCCUCUCUGAACCUUGCCCUGACACGUCAGUUUUCUCUCUGUGUCCCCUCUCACCAGCAAUUCAAUGGUCAUAACGUGGCCGGUCAGAUCCGACUUUGAUUGGCUAAUGCCUAAAAAGCCUUCAGUCUAUCGCUUCCUUCUUGGCUGUGUUGCCUAAUGUGAGUUACACAAGGUUGUAUAGUAACAGUCUCACACUGCAACACCGGAGCCUGAAAUAACAGGUGGUUUUGUCACUGUUCCCCUCACUUUGAUUUCUGCUUUUCACACCAACUGCUUACCAAAGUUACUACACAGUUAUACAUUGUCUGUAAUGUAAAUAUUUGUUCAGAGUCUGAUUUAAAUACACCACAACUGCCAUACACUGGUCUCUGUAACUACACAUGUUGGGGGAAAAACUGGAGCCAGACUAUUAUUUUUCAACCGUUCCCAAAUUCAGCAAAACCCAACGUGUAUCAACAUGUCUUUUAACAGUUUUGUAGUUUGUGAAAAAUGGAACCAAUCCCUUCAUUUCUUAAAAAAAGUAAGGUGCUGCAAGCAAAUGUAACUUUACCGUCAACUCAGUUAAAAAUUCUGAAAGAUGCAUGAGUGAAUGGAUAUAGACAGACGCCAGCAAGAGCAUGUAGGCUUUAUUUAAAGUUAAUACACUGGCCUUUUGUACCACUAUGAAGGAGUGUGAUGUGUGUUUAUAUAUGUUUAAUAAUGGACAAAAUUAAAGAUUGAAGAGGAAUAAAGUACAAUAUGUACCAGGGAGUGAAGGAUUGUUUUUAUUAUAUACAUAUUUGUAUCUAAAAGAUGUAGAAACCGGUUAUUAUUUUAUUAUCAUUGUUGAUAUUGCUUUUUAUAUUUACUAUCCUGUUUCUACUUUUGAUUUAGCUUAUUUUGGUCCUCAUGGUCUCAUUCUAUGUUUACUGUCUGGGUUCCUUAUGACAUGAAAAUGGCCUUCAAUUCUGUUUUAAAUGAGCUUUUUGUUUUUAUCUGUAUUUUCCAUGUGCUCUAUGACUAAAUGUCAAAGCACUUUGUAAACUUCUGUUUUUAAAAGUGCUAUACAAAUAAAGUUAUUAUUAUAAUUAUAGAAAGUCUUUAGCCCUAUCUUAGCUAUCAACUUAGACAAUUACUUUACAGCAUAGUUAAAUGAGAACACGCUUAUCCUCGAUGUACAGUUAUUAUAUAGCUCUGAUAAUCCCUGCACCUCUGACCUUGCAGGGACUAAGUUAUCUCACCCAGUCAAAAGAGUUCAUUUAAGUCGAGGUGAAGCCCUUUACCUUUACAACGGACCAACAUUGGACCUGUGGUGGUGAACGUCAUGGUUUUGGUGAAGCUAAUCAGGACUCAUAUGUAUUAUUUUUAUGCUUAUUUAUUACAUCAUGUUAGUUUUUUGUUUAUAUUUAAACUGAUAAACAUCAUUAAAUAUGAAUAAUUCAUGGAACAGUUAAACAGGGAAUGAUGUAAAAUAAAUUAAGCAUUCAAAAUGGACUACUGCCCAUAUUUGCAUAAGGGGUCUAACAGAAAAAAAAGGAGGAGGGGGUCUGCCCUUUCUGGCCCUUUCUGCCCCUGUAAAUUUGGCAGUUAUCUCCCUCCUUGAGGUACCAGAUACACCACUCCUGCUGUGUGUCGAUCUGUUUUACCACAAGGUCAGUGAGCUGUUGAUACCGGGAGGUGUCAACAAUAGCUGAUAUGAAGUCACUCUCUGAAGCCCUUUUAACAUUUAAUUCUCUGUUCUGUGUUUCUGUCUCUCCUGCAGGGUAUCCCUGUGCUCUGGUGUACCGGCGGUUUUUGUUCCACCAAUCUGCCACAGUUAUACACUUGUUUCACGCGCUCUCUGGACUGGCAUUAGCAGCAUUCAACUUUGGUGAGAUGAAGAGGGGGCAGAAAGAUAGCAUUGACAUAAAAUGAUUACUUGUCAUCAUGUCGCUGUAUAACUGUUAUUUUUUCAGUUCAUGGUGGGUCGGUCCUUUUUCAAGCUUCCUUUUUAUGUUUUCUUGUACAAAAGCUGCAUUUAAACUCACUCUAAAGCACCAUUAUUCAUUUUGGUGCUGUCCUUGAGGUCUAACAAACACAGGGAGUGAAUAAUCCACCUUCUCUAAACUGUAGCAAAGUUAUCUUUUAACAUGGCUCUUUAUCUUUUGUGUGCUUGUUUGCAACAAACUCAAUAGGAAACCAAUGAAAAAUAUGUCAGUUAGUGGUCAACCACAAUUUUUUUCACCAUUCAUUUGACUCCAGCUCGAGUUGUAAUUCUCCAGUGUACAUCUAUUUUACAUGACGUGUUUCUUAUUGUCAAGAGCUCUUUGAUUUGGUGUAAAAUCAGUUCAUUAAUCCAUCUCUGUCAUACAGUGAAAAUAGGUUAUCGUUCUAUUAUCAUGUUAAUGAGUAAAAAGUCCAAAAUCUCUGAGAAAUGCUGAACUGCCAGCACUUCUGACACAUUCAGUGAGGAGCAUGCUGGCUGAGGUUUUUCUAGAGGAAGACCAGGGUUUUUUUUCAUCAGCAUGAAUCAUCAACUAUUGUGAGUCAUUUCUGGUUUAAGGAGGAAGUAAAUGCCGCCUGUUUAACAGUCGAUGGCAGCAGCAGGGAUGAAGGCUGGAGAUUAAUUCGAGCAGUCGUUCAUUUACUUGCAGCGCAGACUUUUUUCCUGGUCAGCUAAAUCAGCCAAACUGAAAGUAUACUGCGAAAUACACAGACGGCAUCAUAAUUAAUCAAUUGCCUGAUAUUUUCUUUUGCUCUAAUGGACGGUUCGUUCUCUGGAAAUCAUAUUUUAAGAUUAUUAGAUAUUUAGUCAACAGGAAUUAUAUCUGGUUAAUUUAUAUCUAUUUUAGCUCUUCUUUUAACGCUAAAAUGCAUACACUGAAGUUUUUCAUUUUGGUUUAUUUUACAUAUUUGAUGAUGGAGAUAAUCUGAAGUUUCUUUUUACUAUUGCAGAGUUCUGACAAACAACAACUAAAUACUUGCAUUUUAAAAGCUUGAAGCUCUUAUUUUUUGUAAUCUUUGUAAUCUUCUCUUCAAACUGUCUCUGAUUUUAAUACUCAAAUUUGGAUGUCUCACCUUUCCAUCAUUUAUUGAACACAGUUUGACAGUACAGAUGUAAUGACAGCAGUCAGAAGUCGCUUUAAACAGGAUGAAUGAUGAGACAUCCUCGUGUGUGUGUGUGUGGUCCUCUGGAGUUGAGUCAAACUGCUAACAUCUCUUCUCUUUUUUCUGUCCUGGCUGCACUUGGAUUUUACAGCAGGUCUGUUGCUUUCUCUUUCUCCUUGUGGAAUUCGUUUUCUUCCUCUCCUCUUUUCUUUUCAAGCGUAUUUCCGAGAGGAGCACAAGGUCGCGCCGUAUCGUCAUAGACUUGCCUCGAUGCUUUUUCUCCGUCUCUGCUGAUACUGAAGUGUGAUGGGAAAUGCUGUUGUCAUGUCCAGUCCUACAGUUCACACUUCACUGCACUAACACCCCCACCCCCCCCUUUUUCUCUCUGUCCAUCUCUCUCCCAGGCUCUCAGCUAUAUCACUCUGGAGUAUGCAUCCUAGUUCAGUUCCUGAUGCUGAGGCUCAUGGGAAGGACGGUAACAACUAUCCUGAGCAGCUUUAUCUUUCAAAUGGUGAGCUGUCCUGCUGUUUUCACUCAUCCCCCGUAUCUUCAGGCUUAGUUUUGUAGCAUUAGCUCACUUUAGUCCAUUUACUGCAGUGGCUCAGGUGCUGUUUAACAAUCUGCCUGCACCAUCUAACACAAGAUUUCUUCAUACACUCUCCACCAUUUCCUCUACCUGCCCGGUCAAUUCUUGCAUAACGCUUGGCCCAUGUUUUAAAGUAGACACAACAUAGGCCAGUAAUCCUUUAAUAUAAUUGCAUACUGUAAAUGUGAUUAUCUCAUUUGUUUACAUUUAAAGAUAUGUACGCCCAUUUUUGGUUUUAGAAGCACCUUCUUUCGUUGUUUUUUGCUUUUUCCUCGCCCCCCUCUUUUAUUAUUGCAGCACUCACACUCAGUUUUCCCUCCUUUCUGCAGUUGUACCUGCUGGCAGGUUAUUACUACACAGCCACAGAGGAGUAUGACAUCAAAUGGACCAUGCCUCAUUGUGUCCUCACACUCAAACUUAUUGGUGAGUGUUUUUUUCCCUCUCAGCUCACCUCACACUCCUCUCUUCUCAGCAGAGUAAAAUUGUUUUGUAAUAUCAGAUGUUUUCAUCACCGAGGUUGAUUUAAUAUCUCCCGGAUGCUGUUGAUGCAAUAACCCCACAGUGCUCUAGCGAACGAUAAACACCCCGAUAACUGCUGACUCAUCCUCUGCAUGCUGUAGGGUUCAUUGCAUUGAUUGCCGCUGUGUUUGUCCAUCUCACCUAGUUUCUGAUUUAGUUGCAUCUUCUGUUUCAGGUCUGUCAUUUGAUUACUAUGACGGCGGGAAAGAACCUGUGAGUUGGUCAAUUUGUCUUGGCCUUGCCUGCUUGAUCAGUCAUGAAUGUUGAUACCUGUCCCUGUCUUUCAGUUUUAACCUCUUAACUUCUGUUAGAUCCUGUCUUUGUCAUUUCCUUGUCACCUUUUCCUUGUGUCCUGUGUGAAGAAAGUACUGAUUAUAGUAAUAUUUGAUGUGUUAAUGUUAGCUAAGUUUACCUAAUUGCCCAAGCUGAUCACCAGCUCUGAGAUUCAUUUCAUUUCAUUUUCAUUUAUUAUUAUUUUUUUCAUGCAACGCAAGAAAGUGAACUGAAAACAAACAAAACCAAUGAGAAUAUUCAAAACAACAACAACAACAAUAAUCAAAGCAAAAAAAUAAAUAAAAAAUAACUAAUAAUAAUGCGAACCCAAUGUGUCCAAAAAGGAGUAGGAUGAAGCAUUAUGCUUUUUUAAAAACCUACCCCUUAUCCUCUACUCAAUAAACAGUCAGUCUCCAACAUAUUUACAUUAUAUUAACAAUAAAUAGAACAUAAAUAGAGUAAAUAAGUACAUAAAUCAUUUAUAAAAACGCCCGAUGGUUAGAGCCCUUCCUCCUCCCUGUCCCUGGUGAGAACCAUGUUUUUGUCCCGCUUUUUAAACUGGGUCAUGCUUGGACAUUGCUAGAUCUCCACACCUAAUCUGUUCCACAACCUUACUCCACAAACAGAAACACAAAAUGUUUUUGUACGUAAAUUAUGAAUGUAUGUAUGUAUGUAUGUAAACUGUCGUACGUGCCUGCUGAUGCUUCAAGUAAAACAUCCUGUUACAUCAUGUAAAACAAAGAAAGGCAGCGAAUCCUCACAUUAGAGAGACAAGAACCAAGGCUUUAGAUUUUGGCUUAUAUAAAAAAAAGACUUUGUAAUCCAUCAAUCAUCCUGAUGAUACUUUUUUCUCGCUUUUCUAUAAAUUGGCCCUCUCUGCAAACAUAAAUUCAAACAUCCGUGUAGGAGUUUCAGGGAACAACCAUCUCUGUGUGAUAACUCAGUUAUUGUGAUAAAUCAGCUGUGUGUGGGAGAAGAAUUGUGUUACUUUGACUCAAAACACACCAUAAUAUAUUCAACACCAAAACAAAGGUACUGGAAACACAACUUUUAUUGCAAAGCAAACAUUUGUAACUUACAUUCGGUUUACUCUGCAGGCGAGCUGGAUGCAGAGCUUCCUAUUGAACUACUUUGGCUUUUUAAAACGAAGCCAAAAACAGGAGGAGUAGCAUUCCAACACAAAAGGAACUUACCAUCACAUAUAUGCAGCAGAUGUUCUCUACGGUCUAUCCUUUUUUUUGCCUGCUAAAUCAAGUGCUCGUUAUAGCCUAGACUUGCACAAAGUUCCUAAAAACUUCCCAAAUUUCCCAACUGAGCUUCAAGUGUGAACAUAAACAGCUGAGUUUGAAAUUCUUUGAGUAAAGUUGAUGUAAGUUUAUGUGAGAGUGCAGCAGGAAAUCCUCAGGAAACUCACUGUGAGUUAGCAGUCGGGGUGAUAACACUAAAGUCAUGCAAUCUUCUGCUUUUACCUUGUUUCGAUAUAUAAAGCACUUAAAACAAAACAAAUGCGACUCAACUUAUGCAGCUGCAGAAAACACUCCAAAAUUUAAACUUGUCUCUCCAUCAGUGUGACCCCCUGUGCUUGUUUGUUGGGGGCUAAGGUAGUUGUGGUGUUGUGUUAUGAGUGUGAGUGACAGACGCAGCGUGUUUCUGAGAUCCAUUCAGAAAACUGGAUUUUAAAUAUCUGUUUUUUGGUCGAAUUAAGCUUUUUUCUUCUCGAUGACUCAGAUACUCUAACUGUCUGUGGGACUUUUGUUCAGCAGACUUUGUUGUAAAAACUUAUUAAUGUCAACUGUUUCUUAAUAUUUUCUCCUCUCUAACUUACUGACUUGAAGUGACCUCUGACCCUGCAUGCUGUCAUUAUUUUUAGACCUAAACUUGUACUUGAAUACAUUUGAAAGAAUAAAUAGGGAGUUGGUUUUUGCAGCCCAGUUAGAGACUAACUCAAGACUGGAGGCUGGUACCACUGGGUCUGCGGUUUGAGACCCCUGCUCUGUAUUUCUGUUUAAACCCCAAAUGACAAGAAAACUUUUUUUGCUCGUGCAAAAAGAGAUUGCAGACAAAAUUAUUAAAUAGCUUGUCUCAUCAGGGUUAAACAGGAUCUCUUUGGUUAAAUAACUUAAAUUAAGAUGUAUACCAAUCUCCUGCUCUCCGCUUUGUUUUUCUCUCUCUCUGUUCGGGGACUUUUUCCAUCUCUCACUCUCAGCUCAUCUGCUCUCUCUCAAGUUUCUUCCUGCUACAGCGAGCGUCUUUGUGACAGCUGUUAAUUUCCUUCCUGUUGCUUGAUUUCAUUUUAUUCUAAUUAGAUGUAACAUGCUGCUUUUCAGUCUGAUUGAUCUUUUUCAUCAGCGUAGAAAUGUAUAAAUGUCCUCUCAUGCGGUAUUUUGUCUGUUUAAUGAAUACCAAGGGUCACUGCUCAGGACACAGUUUACAGCCUGCAGUUAUAAAAGAGUAUUACUUGCCCUCAUGUUGAGUUUGUGGUUGUUAAAAGAAUCCUUUGUUAGUGAGCUUGUCAACAUUUAAAAUAGCCUCUCUGACCUUUCCUGUUCUGCUUCCUCUUCUUCUCCACUCCCUUCACUCUCCUUCUCUUUUCCAAUUAUCUGUUUCUUCUCACAUCUUCAAACUCCAGGCCCAGCUGAAUUUAGAGCAGAGGAAGGCUGCCCUGCCGUCCGUGCCCUCUCUGCUCGAGAUCUAUGGCUUUUCCUACUUCUAUGGUGGCUUCCUGGUGGGUCCCCAGUUUACACUACGUAGCUACCAGCAACUGGUGGCAGGGGAGCUCACCGACUGCCCCGGAAAGCCUCCCAAUAGGUGAGACGGCGAGAAAAUGCUGAGCAAUGAAAAGAAAAAUGAGUUGAAUACUAUCUUUAUUACAUCUCAGUGAAAUGAGUGUCAGAGCCCUGCUGUUCACAUUAUUACUCUCUUCCCCUUUCCACUUCUCAUUUUGUGUCUUUCUUUUCUAGUGUUAUACCGGCGAUGAACAGAUUUGGUUUAGGUUUCCUCUGCCUGGUGAUAUAUGCAAUAUUCAGUCCCUAUUACCCAGAUAGCUACUACUUAACGGACGAGUUUGAGGUAAGAACAACAGUCUGUGCAGAAUAAUCUCUGCUUUGUUUCUUAAAGUGUUUCUUUCCUCGUCUUACAUGUGAUCUUUAUCCUUCCUACAGGCUCAGCCGUUCUGGUAUCGCUGUGUGUUCAUACUCCUCUGGGCUAAAGUCAUUUUGUAUAAAUAUGUCAGCUGUUGGCUUAUAGCGGUAAGUGGAUACUUGAUUUGCAAACAUGCACCAAAAAUUUGAAUACAAGAACCCACAGAUUUGUUCACCAGAUAAACUCUAUUUACAAGAAGCCACAUUAACAUACCAGCUCAGUGUUACAGCACACUGACACUUUUAUUCUUCCUUUUACACACUUUCACACACACACAUACACACUUUCACACACACACAAUGACACACCCUCAUCAGUCGAGGUUCAUAGGUUCAGUCCCAGUUUAUCAGGUUCUUGUGCAUCAUAAUGUGAUCUUGCGUAAGCACGCCGACUAAAAUGAUGCUUGUGUGUUACAGGAGGGUGUGUGUAUUUUAUCUGGAAUGGGAUAUAAUGGUGUGGUGGACGGCAAGCACCAAUGGGACGCCUGUGCCAACAUGAAGGUGUGGCUAUUUGAAACCACACCGCUCUUUGGAGGAACCAUUGCUUCCUUCAACAUCAACACAAACGCCUGGGCUGCCAGGUCAGUACGCAGCCUGAAAUCUGUGACGCCCUCUGGCUUGUGUUCAAAGCAAUGCGGUUAAAGUUCAAUAUUUACUUAGAUGACAACACCAAAGCGGAGGGGAUUACUGUUCAAUCCAGUAUGCAUGUGUGGCAUUGCUCCACAAAAAAGUAGUAGCUUACUUUUUCAUGCAGAGGUCUUACCUCACAGUGAAGUUUCACACCAGAGGAGUCUUCACAGGAAAAAGGGUGCCACCGUGGGUGGAGUUAAAAAAGUUUUCCCUUUCCAACAGGCAGGAGUGUGUGUCAUCGUUUUAUUAUGAUCACAGUGUGCGAAGCAAUUUAUUGAACAUACAGUUUAUUACAUGGUCCAUUUCAGCUGAAUGCAUUAGCUUCCUGAGUUUAUUUUCACUUUCUAUUAUCCGAAACGGCAUGAGACACAGAGGCUGGAGGAGAGGAAGUGACCGCCUUCCAAAAUGGAAAGUACUAUGAAAGGCAGACCUCCACCACCACGGCCAAUAGUCCACUCUCCUUUUAAAAUUGAAUCUGCACAUGCAGCCACUGUAUAAGUUUGGAUAUAUCUUCCAAAACAAGAAGGCUCAAAUUCUCAGUGUUUGUGUUCAUGAUGUGCUUCUAAAUUGGAAAUAUUUCACACAACGUACAUUUUUGAUCACCAGAAAACGAUGUGAGGUCAGUUUAUAAAUAUAAGUUUAUAAUCCUGUGUGUGUGUGUGUGUGUGCACAUCAUAGACUGUAUAUAGAAUGGACAGAGUCUACCUCCUUGCUGGGUGAAGCCACUCCGACAACAGCACCCUCUGGUGACGGGCUGCAGUAUAGGUCAUAAAUCCCGCCUCCGCCAGCAAUCCUUAUGGAGCUGUGGACAAACUUAAAUUUUUCUCCCCCCUGCUUGUGAUGUUGACAUGUAGUUAUUGUAAGACUGGUUUGUGCUCAAGUCCUCUUUUUUUCUGUGAAGCUCCAUUUUUAAAAGUUAUUAGGGGGUUCAUGUUUUCUAUGAUUGACACCUGAUACAGCCUAUUGGCGUUCAGGGAUGGCGUAGCUCUCCCGGGGAAUACGCUGUUUGAGCCGAGCGUCAUCACAGCGACUCUUGGCGACUGCGUUGCAGAAUGCGCGCAUCGCUACUGCGCAGUGCUGGUUUCAGGAAAUGAAGAAAAAUCCUGGAAAUACAGAGAGCUUUUUGGCUUUAAAUCUGUAUACAGGCGGUAGGCGGAACCAAGUUGUCCAUAGUAAAAACAGUCUAUGGUGCACAUACCAAAUACUUGGACUGAUAUUGCAGCAUCAACAUGUGACCUUGCAGUCAAAAACAGUUUCUUGGAAAUAACUGAAAUUCAUUUUCAAAGUUUUUACUGCACCUCAUAGGUUGUUAAUUGUCUGAGGAAGAUGUAGAGGCAUAUCGUAACAAAAGCGUUAACAGGAAAAUGUUUGACAGUAACGACCUUACAUAAAUUCUUGACAAUAGAUAAUAAAUAAAAUAGGUACUAGUGAGGAUUCUUGCGGGACACCUUUUUGUGUGUUUGUAGAACUGUACGACAGGCCAUCAAUUUUUGACUCCUACCACUUCAUAAAAUGGACAUUUAGUGAGUUGGAUCUGCUCUCAGGAAAAACACCCAUUUGUACCAUGUAUUCCCCUUGAAUCAGAUCUUCACUUUAUUUCUCCAUUUGCUGCUCUUACACCAUGUUUUUUUUUUUCCAUAAAAAUCAGGGCAAUCAUUUUUUUUGUAACCCCUGCAAAGAGCGAACAAAGAGCAUAGAGAAUCACAGCAUCCUUUGUGAAAGAAAACAACUUCUAUGGCUAAAUGAUUUACGCACAGAGCUGUCCUUUUUAGAUCAGGUCAUACUGUGAAAUUAGCUAAAGGAGAUUUUGUAAUCGUCUCCAUGGUUACGAUAUAGAUGUGACACUUGAAAUGUUCCCAUUGUUUGACCUACAAAGACAAAUCUAUUUAUAGUGGCGUACACAGCACUUCUGGUGAACAUUUAAAAAGUUUAAUGCCAAAUGCGUUUGGUUUGAUAUUAUAUUCAUCGACUCUUCAUCUGGCAGACUGGCAGCUUUAUACAGUAAUAAACAUGCAUGCUUUAAUGUCAGAGCUUUAUUAUCCAUACAGUACACUGCUCCAGUGUGAAUCCUCAGGCUGGACUAAUUGGAAUGAGGAGGACAUAGUUUGAUAUAUGUAGGAGCUCCUUCAGGGGCCAGUAAGCUUCAAACAAAAUACUUUGUAUGGAGCGUGGAGUGAAGUACUGUUUAUAGCCGUUCCAAAUGGCCAUAUUCAAAGACGGCAUGAAAAGCCAGCCGUCAGCAAUAAGUUGUAGAAUUUACAGUUUGUCCUCAAAGGCAUCCACAGUGCUGCUGCUGCUGAAGCAUGAAAAGCCAGAGCUUGAGAGAGAGAGAAGUUCGAGUGCUGCAGACUUUCUCACCUUUGCACUCGGCCAGUUGUUACAGCAGUGUGCCCAUCAAAAAGAUAUGCCCCCAAAUACAACAUUGUAAAGUGUGUAUGUGUGUGUUUGGUGGUAGGUGCUUAAAUGAUCUUCGAAGCACGUUGUUUUGAAGGCCACGGGAAAGAUUUUUAUAACAGCAGUACGUUGUGUUCUCAUUUGUCAGACCCUGCUCUGUAGAGCUGAUAGUGCAGCUUGACAUGAUUGUGCUGCAAGGAGGAAAAAAAAACAAACACUGGUUUGAGGAUUGAAAACAUAAUUGUGUGCACUUAUUAAACAUACUGUGAAAAACAAAGCCUGGUCCUGCAUUGGACUGAUAACUAUCCUUUCAGAAGAUGUAAAGUUGUUGCAGUGUUUUAAUAUAACCUCAGUUGCUAUGCAACAUCAACUUCCAGGUAUGUGAGUGCUUGCAAUGUAGGCAGUGAUAGUUGAUGCAUUAAUACUUUUGAACGCACUCAAGUUUUGUCCCUCUCUUUUUUCCCUUUUUUUUAAGGCACAUUUUCAAACGAUUAAAGUUCCUGGGCAACAAGACCCUGUCUCAUGUGGCCACACUCCUCUUCUUGGCGAUCUGGCAUGGUCUUCACUCAGGUUACAUCCUGUGCUUCUCCAUGGAGUUCUUCAUCGUUAUUGUGGAGAGACAGGUACACUGUAGAUGCUGUGUAAUAUAUCGUCACCUUCUUAAAAUAAUGGCCCAAGUCACUUUUUGACAAAAAAAGACUUUUUUCCCCUGAAAUCAGUCCUUCAUGAUGAUCCUCAGUUGAACAGAUCAUGUGAUACUAUCCUUAUAAUACUAUAUGAUAAUAUUAUAAUCGACUAUGUAAAGAGUGUGAGUUAGGAAAUUUUCUGAGAGUAUUCAGAAAAAAUUUUGGAAAACUUGAUCAUUUACUUAGGCCAUUAUUUGAAGAGGGUAAGGAUAUGGAGAUAGAUAACAUAAUUAUGAGCUGGAUGCUCAGAUAGUGUGGGUGUUUAUUUCAUUAGAUGGUAAAUUAGUCUGACUUAUUAUCUCACUAAAAUGUAAAUUUGCACUUGGGCUGCAUCGAACACACCUGGUGUUUACUUUUUUAUCAAGAGACAGUCUUUUCUUAUUACUAUUGAUCAAAUACACCUCUACUGAAUGAACCUGUAAUUAAAUAUUGACUUUAGUCGCCACUUUUAUUGUAUUAUUGAUAUUUAACCAUUGCGGAAUAUGUGCCUGACUGACUGUGUUUAUUUGUGUGUGUUUGUGUGAGACAGGCCCUGGCACUGGUGAGGGACAGUCCCUUGCUGACAAAGCUGGCCAACAGUGCGCUCUAUCCUCUCAUCUAUGUGGUUCAGCAGUUUAUCCACUGGCUCUUCAUGGGCUAUCCCUUAGUGCCAUUCUGCCUCUUCACCUAUGACAAAUGGCUCAAGGUAAGUCAGUGCUCACAGAGCAUACAGGACUCCAGCUGAAUGUGUCUGAUCUCACUUUUCAUGUUGGAUAUUUGGUGUCAGAAAACAGGUUUACUCCACAAAGGAAGAAAACCCGAGUGCAGACAAGACAGUUUGAACAAGCAGGCAUUCUGUUGGGGUGUAGUGAUAUACAAUCUAAGGGCUUAUUUCACCAAAUUUUCAUCAUAGUAUCAUCCGUUUGAAAUGUGAGCUCAUUGUCUAAUCUCUUUUAUAUUUGCAACUAAUCCGAACAAACACAUGGGAGCAUGCCAGACAUCUGUAGUGUCAUAAAUGUUUGUGCUGUUCGCAAAUGACAACAGUUUGUAGAACAGUGUUCCCUCUUCAUAUGAUCCGUGAUUUGAGUUAUUUUCAUGCCAAGUCACUUCAGUUUCAACUUGCCUCAGGAGGGUUGCCUGUUAUAGAAGCUUUAUCUGGAACUAAACAUGCUGCACAGCUGUUUAUCGUACUGUGAGACAGGAUUUCACUUCUCCGGAGAGUUAUCAGUCUGGCAAUCAUUUUUCAUUUCGUCAUGAAGGAUCAAGUCAAAUCAAAUCUUUAUUUGUACAGCGUAAAUUACAAAUUUGCCUCAGUAAGUUUCGCACUCUGUAGAGCACACAACAACCUUGAUUCGUAUCAGAAAAGACUCCCCAAAAAAUCUUUAAAGGGAGGGAAAAAAAAAUCAAAGAAGCCUCUGCAAUUGCUGAAGGAAAGUGAGGUUCUUUUGUACUGAUGCACUACAACAGAGUUGCAUGACCUAUCAACAGAAAAAUAUGCAGCUUAUAGAAAUUUAUGUACACACUUUCCAAAGAACAGCCAUCAGGAGAAAAAUCAUAUUUAUGGUUUAAAGUAGAACAAAAAAUGUGAUGCUUUACCAAACAGGAACACUUUUAACCACAUCCUACACGUACUUCAACCGCAUGGAAAAGCAGUAAGAGUCUAGCUGCCAAUGCGAUAUUGUCUGCCACUCUGACUUGUCACCCAUUGGAAUCAUUUGGUGCAUCAGGAAGCAAGUAUAAAACAAAAGAGAUCAUGAAGUGUUGAGGUGGCAAAAUCAUACACGAUUUCACAUUUCACAUUCAGAACUCAAAACUUUAAGUGUUAUUAAACAGAGAUGCUACAACUUCUUGUAAGAUUUCGCUGGUUUUAAAUCUUCUCUAAUUACAAGUACGUAUGCCAAACUAAACAUCUAGCACUAUUUCUGGUCUUUGAUUAGGACCAUAAGGAGCAAACUACGCAUGUAAAGGUGUUUUGAGGUGCAAAAACAAGUGUUUUACUGUCCUGUCAUCUUUGUUUUGCAGGUGUAUUCGUCCGUCUAUUUCUGCGGUCAUGUAUUCUUCCUCGUAGCCUUUUUAAGCAUGCCAUACCUCCGGAAGGUGCUGGUGCCUAAGAAAGAACGGAGCCAGAAACAGGAUUAAAAACAUGGUACUAAGACCUGGCAUGGUAAGCCUUUUCUGUUUUCAUGUUUUCUGUCAGUCACUUAUUAAAAAAUGUUAACAAUCGGUAAAAGAGUGUUUGAAUAUCUCUUUUUUUUCCCUUUCAGGUCUAUCUAAGGCUGAAUAUCCACUGAAGGGAACUGUGACUUUCAAGGAGCUGAAUGGAAAAUAUUUUAAGGCCUUUAGUAAUAUAAAUAUAUAUAUAUAUAUAUAUGUCCAUGUAAAAAUAAAUUUCUAUAUAUUUUUGUGUUAAAUGGGAGGGUAUUUGUAAAAACAUUUUCAGAAAUGUUUACAGGAAACGACCAUCGUGCCACAUGGGGUAAUUGUGAGCCAAUCAGGGGUGAUUUUCCUGUUUGUUUUUCUCUCCUUUUUUAAGAUGUUGGACUUGGAGAACUUGAGAGACUUUACAUGCUGUCAAGACGGAAUUGCACUCACCAGUCACGGGUUCAGAGUCUGUCAUUAGCUCCAAUGUGUUAUUUUAUUUCUUUUUUUCUUUGUUUGAUUUCUGUCUCACAUCGAGUACCCAUAUUUCAGCUGCAGCUGAAGUUUUCACAGGAGGUCAGAGCACAGCUCCAGCCCAUGUGGCACUUUCUGAUGUAAUAACACAAAAGGCAACAGCUUUCUGUACAACACAAGUGAAAAAUGAUGACGAUAAUAAUAGUAAUCAAAGGGGUCUGGAAAAUGGCUGCCGGUGGUUAUACAAGCACUGUAAAUCACACACUGAACACUAACCCCUGAGUCAAAAUUGCCUUGCAUUAAUGAAUGUUUUUAUAGUACUUUUGCUUUGGUUUUAAUUUGAUUUGUGAUGAAAAAAAGACUUGAUUUUAUAGAGUUUUAAAAAACUUUUAUGAAAAAGAACAUUUUGUAGCUUUGGAUAAGAUUUCAUGAAUGAAUUUGCAUUGUUCCCCUACCCUCUUCCUUGUUGCCGUUUCCGUUUUUUUGUACCUUCUUUAUCACCUUCUUUUGUCGUACACAGAUGUGACAGUGGGUAAUUUAACUGAAGAAACAUGCAAACUGCCCAACAGCACAAUCAAAAGAAAGUUCUGUUUAGACCUGUGUUUCACUUUAACCUGAGAAUAUGAGGCUGUCAUUUUAAACUGGAAGCAACUAAACAAACUGAGCAACCGUGAGAGAAAAUCCACUGUUGUGUUUUACCUAUGGCCUGUUUUUCUGUUUCUAGCUGCAGGCACUGAUUUAAAAUGUGUGAGGAUGAGCAUCCCAUCCUCACCGUGGGAAUGCCUCUUACUUUGUGUAAUUGAUUUUUUUUUUCCUCAGGCGGUAGGCUGGAUUGUCUGAUCCAUGUUUUGCUUCUAAUGCACGUGGAGAGGACAAACCUCACUGUAGCAGCAGCAGCCCUGACUUUUGUUAACAUUUCUACAUGACAGUGAUUAUUAACUGAAGUGAAUUGCUAUUUCAAGAGACAACUUUCUGCUAGGGAUGCACCGAUCCACCUUUUUCACCUGUGAUACCGAUACAGAUAUCUACAGUUUAAUAUCGGCCAAUACCAAUCCAAUUAGUGUUGGGUCGUUUGCGAACAAUUCGUUCAAAAGAACCGAAUCUUUUAAGUGACUGUUGAACCGAAUCACUUCCUCGAGUGAUUUGUUCGUUUCUCACUUCAGAUGAGCUGAAGUGAGAAACCGCAUUGUCAGGUCAGCAGCUGGCGAACGUGAGACCACAUGCACCGACACCUAAAUCACUUGGUGAACGAAUCACACAUUGAACUACACUCUCUGGAAUCAUUUUUGUUGGACGAAACUACCGAAUUUUUUCAGUGCUAAAUUGCCACCACAACAACUUAUAUACAAUGGGACACAGCAUGUAACAAGUAGUGCAUUAAACCCGCAGCAUCCUAUCACUGCAGCGGUUUGCGAGGGAACGGUGCAUGUUGAGUGUGAAUUCUUCUAAACGUUCAGUGAACGAAUCAUUCACUGAGCCCAAUUUACCAAGCAGACCCGAUAGGACAGUACACUUACAACAUCUUGACUUAUGAACAAGUUCAUUUUUACAAACCUAGUUGCCAAAGCAACACAGCCAAACACUCUCGUCUCCUGGUCCCAGAAGCUUUGAAUUGAACUGAAUCCUGAACUGCUCAGCUGUAUAUCAGUUCAGGAGGUCGGAGAUGCAGGCUUCUCUCGUUAAAUGAUUCAGUGAUUUGGUGAACGAAUCUUUUUGGUGAACUGAUUCUAGUGAUUCAGUACACCUAAAAGAACUGCCGUGCCCACCACUAGAUCCAGUUCCGAUACAGAAAAGCCACACUGAAUUAGCUUUUGUUGUAACCUGUAUUACCAUUGCCCCUCAGAGCGUUUACUGCACAGGUAUUGCAAGUGACCGUCCUCAGUGGCCUGAGGUGUUGUGAUAAAGUUCAAGAUAGCAGACCCCUUUGCUUGCUCCAUUUUGAAAACAAUAUCGGCAGCGUGUUUAGCAUAGAGUUAGACUGAAGAGAUCGGCCCUUAUGCAUCGGGAUCAAAUAUCGGAUCGGUGCAUCCCUACUUUCUGCCUUAUUUCUACCAAAUGUACAAAGAGAGAGGGGUUGUGGGAAAAUUGUGUGUAAGGGGAGGGUGAUUUUCAAAAACCAGUUUUAUAAUGUCCAUUAAAAUGCAGCAUUUUAAGUGAGAAGGCCUGUUUUUUGUAGUCAUUGUGUAAGUGUGGAUGUCCCAGGAGGAGUACGAUAUACCACAGCAGCACUGUAGGGCAAAAAGGGGACGGCAUGACGUCAUUUUGCAGUCCCGUUUAG